GUUUUCCCGCGUCUUCAUAAACUUAGUUCAUCAUUUAAUAAUAAGGUUUCAUGUUAUUGAACUAAAGAAUAUGAUUUUAAUAGGUUCACUUUUAAAUAUAUAUAAUUUUUAUUAUUGUGAUUGAUUAUACUUUGCCAGCAUGGGUGAGACAGUGAUUGCUUUGGAUUUGUGCAAAGAAAAAUUAAUCCCUCCAGCUGACUUUAACUUUCCAUUUUCUCCCUAUCCGAUCCAAACUGAUUUUAUGAAAAAUCUUUAUACUGCUAUUGAAGAACGCAAACUUGGAAUAUUCGAAAGCCCUACUGGAACUGGUAAAUCUUUAAGUAUAAUUUGUUCUGCAUUGGCUUGGCUUAAAGAUCAUAAAGAAAGAGAGAUUAAUGAUCUUAAAAAAGCUAUUUCCUCCUUCAGCAUUAAAAGUGAUAAACAAUCUACUGAUUGGCUAUCUGAUCAAAUUAUAGAUAUGAAAAACAAUUCUAUAAAAGUGAAACUCCAGAAACGUUUAGAGAAAAUUGAAAAAAGUAAUGAAAAGUUUGAGACUGUUAAAAAGAGGAUUCAGGAAGCACAGAAAAAAAAAGUGUUCCAUGGUGUAAAAAAUACCACUAGUAAGCUUUCAACAGACUCAAAUAUAUUAAAAACCAAUGGUAUGCCUGAAUUCACUGAUGAAGAAACAUUGCUCUUAGAUGAAUUCACUGAUGGAAUUCCUUCUGAAGAAAGUAGUGAAGAUGAAAACGAAUUAGAUGAAAAAUGUAUUGAUACUAAGAUUAUUUUUUGCAGUCGUACACACUCUCAAUUAUCUCAGUUUAUUUCUGAACUUAAGAAAACUGUGCAUGCAAAUCAUAUAAGGGUUGCUCCUCUUGCAUCAAGACAAAGCUACUGUAUUAAUAAGGAUGUUAAUAAGUAUCACAGUCUAUCUUUAGUUAAUGAAAAAUGCUUACAACUUCAGCGCGAUAACAAAGCUAAAGUCACAUUAGAAGGUGAAUCAGGUGAAAAAAUAAAACAAAAGAAAUGUGGAAGCGGUUGUCCAAAAAUGAAAGGAAUUACUGAUCUUGGAGAACAAUUAGUUGCUACAAUAUUAGACGUUGAAGAAUUUAAGGCAAUAGGAGAAAAAACCGGAUCUUGUCCAUACUAUGCUUCUAGAAGUGCUGUUUCAAAUGCAGAGUUGGUAAUUGUACCUUAUAAUACUCUUUUGCAUAAGAAUACCAGAGAAGCUUGUGGUCUUGAAAUAGAAAAUAGUGUUAUCAUCAUUGAUGAGGCUCACAAUAUUUUGGAAACCAUUUCUAGUAUACACAGUUCUCAAGUGUCUGGAGCACAGUUAACAUUAGCCUAUAACCAAUUGACAAUGUACAAAGAUAAAUAUGAAAAAAAAUUUAGCCCUACUAAUCUUAUGUACUUGAAGCAAGUAAUUUAUGUUGUUGGAAGUUUGGUAAAAUUAAUAGGCGGUAAACCUGGAUGUGGAAAUGGAGAAGCUAGUGGCACAGUGAUAGGAACAAAGAUUUAUACCAUCUACGAUUUUAUUAGUUGUGCUCAGAUAGAUAUAUUUAAUAUGUACAAGUUGGUUAGCUUCUGCCAUAAGACUAAACUUACUCAUAAGCUUAGUGGCUUUACAGAACUUCAUGCUCCCGUUGUUCAUCUUAAACCCAAACCUAAUGCAGUUGGGGGUAUUAAAGGAUUUUUGAACAGCAUCUCUAAAAGUAUUCCAGUAAAAGAAGAACCAGAAAAUGAAACAGAGCAAUCAUCCUCACAGCCUUUAUCUGUUAUUCUUUCUUUAUUAGAAAAUUUGACACUUAAUAACAAGGAAGGGCGUAUUGUUGUUUCUAUUUCAAAUACUGUUGGUAAAUCUGUGAUCAAAUUUCUGCUGUUAGAACCUGCCAUCGCAGUCACAGAUAUCAUCAGUAAAGCAAGGAGUGUGAUUCUAGCUGGUGGCACAAUGGAACCAAAAGGAGAACUGAAAGAAAGGUUGUUUAUUGCAUGUGGAGCUGAUCCUCAAAGGAUUAUGGAAUUCUCUUGUUCUCAUAUUAUCCCUCCAAACCAAAUCUUACCAAUUGUUUUGACAAAAGGGCCUACAGGAAAACCACUUGAUUUCUCCUAUGACUCAAGAUCAUCUUUAGCAACUAUAAAUGAAUUUGGUCGUGUAUUAGUAAAUAUAUGCAAUAUUGUUCCUGCUGGAAUUGUUUGUUUUUUUCCUUCAUAUGAAUAUGAAAACACAAUUUUUGAACAUCUAAACAAGCAUGGCAUUAUAGAAAAUAUUUCAAAAAAAAAACAGGUAUUUAGAGAACCAAAGAAAACAGGAGGUGUUGAUGAAGUUCUGAGCGGUUAUGCUAAAGCUGUUAAAACAGCAAAGGGGAAAAAUGGAGCUCUUUUAUUCAGUGUUGUUGGUGGAAAACUUAGCGAAGGUCUUAAUUUCAGUGAUGAGCUAGGUAGAUGUGUUAUAGUUGUUGGGAUGCCCUAUCCUAAUAUUAAAUCUCCUGAGUUAAUUGAAAAAAUGAAAUACUUGGAACAAAAUAUUAGAAAUGGUGCUGGCAAAGAACAUUAUGAAGCAUGUUGCAUGAAAGCUGUGAACCAGUCUAUUGGUCGGGCUAUACGUCACAGGUCUGAUUUUGCUACAGUGCUACUUUUAGAUCAAAGAUAUUCAUCUCAAAAGGUUUUAAACCUCCUUCCUGCAUGGAUCAUGAAAUCUCUGAAAAUUCAAGAACAAUUUCCUCAGGCAUUAGCUGCAGUUGUGAAAUUUUUCAAGCAACAUGAUACUACUGAGUCUGCCUCUUCAGCAACAGCAUUUGUGAAUGAAGCCUGAUGGAUAUAUUUUUUUCUCAGUGAAUUAUGUUAAUUUAUUGUGCUAAACUAUGUAAUAUAUUGUGUAACAUUUAUUGACAUAAAAUGUGUUUUUUUUUCAAAUAUAUUUUUUUAAUAUUUCUGUUUUAA